AUGGCGGAGGAGGCGGAGUUCUGCUUCUCGGCGCUCUAUAUAAGCAGCCAGUGGCCGCGGCUGCGCCGUGAAACUGACCUUCAGUGUGUCGGCUUCAGCGACAUGGCGCCCUCCAGGAAGUUCUUCGUCGGGGGAAACUGGAAGAUGAAUGGGAGGAAGAGCACUCUGGCGGAACUCAUCAGCAAUCUGAACGCCGCCAAGAUGCCGGCCAACACCGAGGUGGUUUGUGCACCCCCCACCGCCUACAUUGACUUCACCCGGCAGAAGCUGGAUCCCAAGAUCGCUGUGGCUGCCCAGAACUGCUACAAAGUGCCUAACGGGGCUUUUACUGGAGAGAUCAGCCCCUGCAUGAUCAAAGACUGCGGAGCCACCUGGGUAGUCCUGGGGCACUCGGAGAGAAGGCACGUCUUUGGGGAGUCCGAUGAGCUGAUUGGGCAGAAAGUGGCCCAUGCCCUGGAUAAAGGACUUGGAGUGAUCGCCUGUAUCGGGGAGAAGCUAGAUGAGAGGGAAGCUGGUAUCACCGAGAAGGUCGUUUUUGAACAAACCAAGGUCAUCGCAGAUAACGUGAAGGACUGGAGCAAGGUUGUUCUGGCCUAUGAGCCUGUGUGGGCCAUCGGCACAGGGAAGACUGCAACACCCCAACAGGCCCAGGAAGUACACGAAAAGCUCCGGGAAUGGCUGAAGUCCAAUGUCUCUGAUGAAGUGGCUCAGUGCACCCGCAUCAUUUAUGGGGGUUCUGUGACCGCGGCAAACUGCAAGGAGCUGGCGUGCCAGCCUGAUGUGGAUGGCUUCCUCGUGGGGGGUGCAUCCCUCAAGCCUGAAUUCAUAGAGAUCAUCAAUGCCAAACAAUAA